GAUUCGAGAAUAGCAGCAUCGUGCAAAAAGUUCGCGAUCCAGGUAGACCCGACCAGGUGUCCGGUGCUUGCCCCUUCCCUCCUCCCCCCAACUCGUGUACUCGUAGGUGUACCCCGUAGAGCGCGUUCUUUAUUUUUCCUUCUUCAAGAUUUCGCGUCAGUUCUUCAGUUCUUCAGCUUCUAUUUCGUUUGAUUCGCGAGGAUGGCGCAUUGGAUCACACUCGUCCUCCUCGUCGUGGCGACGACCAUCCUGGCCACGGAGUCCAGAGUCAUUCCAGCUGAACCUGUUUCAGUGAUGGUGGAUCCUUACGGAAAUCCUAUAGUGUUCCUCCGGGAAAAGAGGACGGCCGUGCACCCGUAUCCUCAGAGAGCGAUGAUGUUCACCGGAUACUACAGACCCGUUCGUCGUUCGAAUCACGGUGGCCAGGCGACCGGUGUUUUCGCGCAAGGGAACGCGGUGAGCGGUGAGGCAUUCUUCGGCGGCAUGCAGCCACCACAUUUGAACAACGGGCCGGAACCGAUCGAGGAAUCGGAAGUGUCAAGCGCGGAGGCGCAAGCCGCUCCAGAGGUGGACGAGGCUUACAACGAGGACGAGCAACACCAGGUGCAACAGGAGGAUGAUUAUCAGCGCAACGAGCAUCCUCAACAGGACGAGCAUCGUCCACACGAUGAAGCGAAUCGUCCUCAAGCUGAUGACCAACAUCGAGAGGAAGACGAGCAGCAUCAACAUAAGCAACAAAGUGUUCCUCAGGAGCAACCGGAACCGGAACCUGCUCCCGUGACGGAGGCAGCCGCGGUGACCCCUGCCGCGGAGCCAGUCAUCACGAACACAGAAGUGUCCCAACCGAGUCGUCCCAAGGCGCAGCAUGGGAAAAAGACGAAGAAGACACCGGUGGUCGUGGUGGAGGACGACGAAGAGGACGACGAGGACGAGGACGACGACGACGAGCCAUCCGUUCCCUUCAUCCCUUUCAAAGGGAGUCGCCGUCGGCAAAACUACCCGAACCUGAACAACUUCUUCCCCAUGGUGUUCAGCUUCCCCGGCGGGUCCAGCCGAUCUGGAUCCAACGGAGGAUCCCCUCCCGGAGCCGUAACAGCGAUCGCCAACAGUUACUCCACCGGGAAGGGCGGCGUUGCGAGCUCGGUCGCGACUGCUUACGGUGGAUCCCCUAACGGGCCUCGGGGGGGGACUUUCGAAUAUAUUGAGACGGGUUUAAACAGAUGUGAAGAAACAUUUUUUGUGAUGACAGAGGGUCCAGUGUCGAGGCCGAUCAGAGAGGCAAAUCCAGAUCCUCACCACCGUCAUUUCGGUGGAUUCGGUGGAUUCGGUGGAUACGGUGGAUACGGUGGAUACGGUGGAUAUGGCGGAUACGGUGGAUACGGUGGUCUUCCCAUAGGCGGCUUCGGGAGUUCUCACAGCUCCGCUGGUGCUAUUAGCUCUCCCUUCGGAAGCGCUGCUUUUGUACAUUAUGGUUCCUUUGCCAAAUUAGAAUCUAAAGGUAAGAGGGGAUUAACGUAUUAUAAAGAAAAUCGAACGGAGGUCGAUCAACAGAGGAGCGCUAGGGUUCAUCGGGUGUCCGACCGCGAGUUCACCGGAAAUGAAGAUUCUCAGUUGAAGAACGCCAUUAAGGAUAUCGUGAUCAAGCAGGCCGUUCUAUUGGGAAGCGAGGAGAUCGAGAAAUUUCUCACGGAUUUUCCUAAUUUGAGCAAUCUCGUGCAACACGAGACCCAAUUGUUCAAGGAAUUGAACAUGAUCCUGAUGGAGCUGGUUCGAGACGGAACCGUCACAUUGAAGAACAUCGACCACACGAUCAACGAGAUGAUGGGGAUGAGCGUGUCACAGACUUCCGUCAAACCUGUAACAAAGAACGACAAUCUGGGAAAUCUUUCAAAUUCGUUAGAACAAUUGGGUAGCCAAGAGAACGAGAGUCGGGAGAAUUCGAGACUUCCGGUCUCACGGAUCGAAUCGAUGAACGAACAGGAGCUGAGGAAGGUGAAGAACGUGGCCCAGACUCUGGACAACGUGAUGAUGGAGAUCCAGAAACACGUGACUUUCGUUCGAAGCGUUUUUGACAGGCUUUGCAGAGCCGAUCUUUCCGCUUCUUCGAAAACCGACUCCGACUUGGAGAAUUUCAGACGGAUGUCCGGGGAACGCAGCUUCUCGCCGAGCGCGAAACCUCGAAUGGAACGCGGGAGCGGCGUGAGCGUCGACGUCGGCGUCGGCGCCGACAGACAAGGCGCCGUCAACGUUCGUGGCGGCGCGACGUUCAUGAAAAGUGUCUCGAUCUUCUUGAUGAGCGGUCGUAAAGCAUCGGUGAACAGCAACAGGCAGACGAGCAGCUCAGCCAGCCCAAAGCACGAGCCCCGAAGGAGGCAUCGUGGUAGGAGAAUGCCGGUGCCCGCCGCGGCCAGAACCUCCGUGUACACGGUCAAGCUGAUCGAGUCGUUGAAGAGGAAAACUAGAUUCUCAUGGUCGGAAUUGGAUAAUCUGUGCAAACUGUACAAGAAGCUAAUCAAUCCGGGGCAGCAACAAGUAGGGCAAUCGGUUAUUAUCGGGAGGAGAUCUCAACCGAAUCAAAUUACAGAGGGUAUCGACAGAACCAUCUUCCGCGAGUUAUUGCACAACACGUUUAAAGUGAUCACGGAGGACACGUUGGUGGAGCGUAUAUUUUGUUGCUGGGAUCGUGAGAACGAGGGAAUAAUUAGAUUGGAACCAUGGAUCAUGGGUCUGGAUCUGUACCUUCGAGGCAGCCUGCGGGAGAAAAUUGAAUUUUGUUUCAAAGUGUACGACUUGAACAACGAUGGAUUCAUUACGAAGGAUGAAAUAUUUCAAUUGUUCAAAAAUUGUUUGAUAAAGCAACCGGGAGAAGAGGAUCCUGAUGAGGCGGUGAAAGAUUUGUCCGAACUGGCGUUGAAGAAACUCGACGUGGAUCGGGAUGGAAAAAUAUCAUUUCAGGAUUACAAAUUGGGUGUAACGGAGGAGCCAUUGCUGUUGGAAGCUUUUGGCCAGUGUCUACCCACCGAGGAGAAUUGUGCUUCUAUUUUGGCCAUGUUAAAAUCGUAAAGUGAAUAUGGCGAUGGAU